GCUUCUUUCCCCCCCCCCAUUUUGUUUUCUUUUACACUUUUUAUUUAUUUAUUUUUUUUUAAUUUGCAAGAAAGAGACUUUUUCCUCAGCCAAAAUGUUGUGGAAAUUAGCCGACAACGUAAAAUACGAGGAUGACUGUGAGGAAAGGCACGAUAGUAACAGCAAUGGGAACCCACGGCUGCCUCACCUGCCGGCGGUCAGUCAACACCUCUACAGCCCGUCUACUUCCCUCUCACACUCGGCCAGUUCAGACUUCCAGCCCCCUUACUUUCCUCCUCCCUACCAGCCUAUCUCGUACCCGCAGUCUAGUGACCCCUACUCUCACCUCGGGGACCCUUUCAACAUCAACUCCAUACACCAGUCGCCAUCGUCGAACCAACAGCAGCCGUGGCCUGGGCGGCAAGGCCAGGAGGGGCUCGGCGCCCACGGGAGGAGCGGACUCGCGAGUCAGAUCCUAGGCUUGGAGGGAGGCUCGUCAGGGGUUAGGAGGGAAGGGUUCCGCCGACCGGAGCUGCUGUCUCCACACGGUCACAGUCUAGAGUCGUCGGUUAUUGGCGAUAAUAUGGGAAUGCAUGACAUGGGACAUGGACUGGAUGAUGUUCAACAAGUAGACGACCACAGUAUAAUUAUGGCAGAUCAGACGGUCAUCAAAAAAGUAUUAGGACUUCGAGGUGGCAGGAACCUUGAUCGCUUACAGAGGACUUAUUAUCAGGGGGGAAUUCUCGCGGGGCCUGUCACUCUGCCUAAAGGAAACGCACUGGGUCUUCCCUUCCAGAAAGAGUCCCUGCUGGGCAUGGUAUCAAAUCCCACAGAGGUGUUUUGCUCCGUACCAGGCCGUCUUUCCUUGCUGAGCUCCACAUCCAAGUACAAGGUUACUGUGGCUGAAGUCCAGAGACGUUUGUCACCCCCAGAAUGCCUCAACGCAUCGCUCCUGGGAGGCGUUCUACGCAGAGCCAAGUCAAAAAAUGGAGGCCGUUCUCUGAGAGAAAAGCUGGACAAAAUUGGGCUUAACCUGCCUGCAGGAAGAAGGAAGGCAGCUAAUGUCACUCUACUUACCUCGUUAGUAGAAGGUGAAGCUGUUCAUUUAGCAAGAGACUUUGGUUAUGUGUGUGAGACCGAAUUCCCUGCAAAGGCAAUUGCUGAAUACCUGGGUAGGCCACAUGUGGAGCGGAAUGAGGUCAACUCGCGCAAGAACAUGCUCCUUGCUGCCAAGCAAAUCUGCAAAGAGUUUACAGAUCUGCUUACUCAGGACCGCUCACCUUUGGGCAACGCUAGGCCCGCUCCCAUUCUGGAACCUGGAAUCCAAGGCUGCCUGACUCACUUCAGUCUCAUCACUCAUGGCUUUGGCUCUCCAGCCAUCUGUGCUGCCAUGACCUCGCUUCAGAACUACCUGAAUGAAGCGCUCAAACAAGUGGACAAGAUGUACCUGAGCUCUGGCAGCGACACCCAGGGAUCCUCAGACAGUGGAAGUAAAUCUACUGACAAAAUGGACAAGCACAGGAAAUGAGAGCUUAAAGGAGAAUCCCUAUGAACUUGAGAUUCCCAGAGUCCCUUAAUCUUGCUGCCCUGACUUCCCUUUUGGACUUUUUAAAAAAAUCAAUAUUUGGUAUUGUCUUUUUGAGAGCUGCAUUUGUGUGUGUGAAUGUGUGUGCUCACACUGUAAAUUUAUAGUUUGACAGGUUGGGGAUUUUUAACAACCUGUCACAGCAGGCUACAAAUCAGUUACUGUUGGCAUGUGUGUUGAAUGCUCUGGAUUGGUCCUAAUGGGAGCCCGCUCUGCGAAAGAGUAAAGCCCUUUUCAGACAUGGCAUGUGUGGCUUCUUCUGUCUGCUAAAGUGACAGGAUUGUCAUUUAGUGAUAGUUCACUUCUAUAUUAAUGUUUGUCUUGCCUUCAUUCACACAAACCAGUAAGAGGAGAGCAGCAUGGCAUAUGUUAUUUUUCACACGUGCAAAAGAUUUGUUUGUGGCAACAAGUCCUGCCAUUAUGAACUGGUAAGGUUUGUGCAUUCAGUUCUCUCUACAUUUGCCACGAACAGCAGGGUCUGUGUGAUGCAUGCAAGUCGGGGAGAAAAGGAAAAAAGUAUACAUUAUGUUCAUAUUAUUGCGGUUUAGCACAGUUGCUAUUCGUCAUAAGCUAGUGAAACUACAGUCAUGACUUUUACAGAGAAGUUACCAGGGUGUGCAUUCAUACACCAAAGUAAUGCGAUAAAAUACUGUUAAAUUCCUAGCAAGGAGUACAUGCCUAAAAAGGGGAUUAAUACAUGCUAACCACUAUGCAGUUACAUACAGUUGCUAGUGGCCUACUGCUACAACCACAGGGCCUGCAUUUUGUUGAAGAAGAUGAGGGGAAACAAAAUGCAUUCUGCGACUAUUUUUCCACCUCCCUUGUCUUUCUCUUUUUUUUUUUUUUUUUUUUUCUUUUUUUCCUCAUCUUCCCUAGAGGACAUCAUUUCAAGAUGACUUUCUGUGGCUGUGAAUUCCUCUCAGUUUUCUCCAUCCUGCUCAGUCUGGGGGCAAAUCCACUUAUUUCCUGUGUCUCAAUUGACUUGCAAAGGACAGUUACGUGUGAGAGAAAAUCUACUUAGUUUUCUUUAUUUUUGUGCUUUAGUUGUACCAUUAAUUCAGAAUGGAUCCAGUGUUAUUGUGUUUUUGUUCAUGGGAGUUGAUUUGAAGCUUGUGGAGGCCUGGAUGAGAAAAGACAGUUGGUUUUUCUCAUCUCAGCCUGUGCUCUUUCAGAAACCAAAAACUUUAAAGUGCCCCCAUUAUGCCAAUUUAGAGGCUCAUUAUUUUAUUUUUGUGGUUGUAUACUGCUACAGCACAUCUCUUCACCCUCUGAAACACUCAGUAUUAGCGGCUGCAUUAGGUUUUAGUUGACUGCUUAUUCUUUUUUUGAGGGCAUGCCAAACUAGCUGCUAGGUGUGCAUUAUGGCACCAUGUUACAUAGUGAUGUAAAUAACAAAAAGAAAAGUCUGGACUUCAAAUUUAUGCAUUUCAAGCAGUUUAGCAGCACUGGUUUUUGCAGGAGAGAAUAACUCCCUUUGAUGUGGACUUUGCAAACCCUUUUUCUCAUGUGCAAAAAUGAUUUAACAGACUACAUGAUAGAUAAAAUCCCAGAAUGCAUAGCAGGGGCACUUUGAAUUUGCUAUGACAGAAGCCUCCUCAGUGUUUGUGGAUUACAGGCGUUGCCAUGGAUCCAUUGUUACUCAGUCUUACAACACAUACAGUACAUAGUCGUGAGAAUUUUUAUUUUUUUUUGUUUGUUUGUUUGCUUUUACUUAUUAAUUUUUUUGUGAACAAGUUAUUCAUUAAAAACAACAUCCAAAUUGACACUAACCUACCAACAAGCUCACUUCUGCCAGGUUGUGUGUUGGUUGUGAGAAUGCGUGCGUAAAUGUAAAUAUUUCUUUUAAAAAAUGUUUUUAGAAAUUAAAUUCCAAGCAUAGAAUUUUAUCCAGUGUCUUGUCCUGGAUGUAAAUAUUUUCUAAUUUAUGUUGUAAUUUAAUGGGCUUGUGUAAAUAAUGGUAUCAGUUUGGUGCAUGGCUUAACUUUUUAUGAUGAUGUGUUAAACUUUUGUAAAUCAGUUAGGUUUUUUUUAUAAACUAGAAUUUAGAAAGUGGGGAUGAUAUACAUUUUUGAAAAUAUGUUUAAAAAAAAUGCUGUUUUAAAGUUUCAGGAAAAAAAAUAAAUGACAGCCUCAAGCCUGAUUUAGUGAGUCAGUAAUGUUGCUUAGGCCACACACACUUACUUUUUUUUUCUUAAUGGAUAGCACUUUUGUUCUGUAGCCUCUUUUUCAGCAAUAUCACACAGAUGAUGGUUAAGUCAUGUGUUGAAAAACUUUCCUAUUAAUAAACGGCAAAGAAAAUCCCCUACUAAACUAAUGAGAACAGUAGCCAUCAUUAUGUGCUCUCACUUAGCUUCACAAAUAAGCUGUGUUGCUCAGUAAAAGCACAGACCUCAAAAGUACAUCAUGUGAUGAACAAAGGAGUGCAGCUUUGAGAGGACAAAUGGGUUGUUUAUGUUAAACUUGGAAAACUAUUGAGUCAUCUGUACUAACAGUUCAGCAUUCAACAUCUAUCCUCUGCAGCUUGCCAAUAUUUCCUUUACAUAUGUUUGGAGCAGGUGUGAUAUUAAGUGCCAUUAAGCCUACUUGCAAGUUUCUUGGGGAAUACUGAGAUGCAAAUUUGUGACUGCAGCUAAGAAUUUAGUUAAGAGAAAAUGAAGUUAUGCAAAACUGUCCACUUGUUUCAUCAUCACUUGUCUGUUCAGUCCUUGCUAAUUUCAGAGGUUCGUCUGUUUGUGUUUCACGUAGGAGUAACACUUAUAUGAAUCAACAUAGAACAUAUAGCUGAAUUGAAAGGUAUAACAACGGCACUGAAAUGCACAAGAAUAUAUGACAUCAGUGUUUCUCUUUAUGUUUUAUAUUAGCUUUUGGGGUCAGUGGGUGAAACAAACAUUUCCCAAAAACCAAGCCACAGGUUAUAAAGGAAGCAGCAGCAGCAACUACCUUGCAGUUAAACAAGUAUCAGCCUCUCCCCUCAGAACCUGUUUAACCAGACCUGUCAACGCAGUGGCUCGCUGCCCUCACAGCGGUUGACUUUAACUGCCUUCAGUUACUCGUGUUAGCUUGUGUGCUUGGCCCUGAAAGGGUAGAUAAUGGGUGGAGGAGGUAUGGGUGAAAUUUAGCAGAGAGAAAGAGGAAGAUUUUUUUUAUUUUUUUUUGUGCCUUUGAUGACAGGCUGAAAAUGGUUGAGGAAGCACUGAGGAUUUGAUUGGAGGUUGACCUUGUUUCUUUAUGCCGUGUCUUUGUCACAUCACAAAGUUUGUUUUGGCAGAUGUGAGCUGUUAAGUACACACGUCCCGUUUGGGUUUUUUUCCCCCCAUCUUUUAUUGUCAGUAGAAUCAAUUCUAACUGAGCACAUUCGCAAAGUUGGAGCUGGUCAGAUGAUCAGCAGAGUUGUUAAACUGACCUGAUUUUACAUAUAAAAUGAUCAUGUUUUCAGUUAGACAACAGGUGAACGGCUUUGUUUAAUUCCUUGUACUUGUUUUUCCAAAACACAGGCAACAUCGCAACUGGUCAAACGUUUUCUUCUCAACUGUGAGACCGUGUGAGUAAUUCUCUUAUGACACGCCUAAUGUAGCUGGGAAAAGGAGGCGAGCAUAGACUUGUUGCACUUACCUGUUACCUUCACUUCUUUUUCUCUUAUGAAAGAAGAGGAACUCAUGUACUUUUUUCUUUCAAAAAAAUAGAUAUUAGAGAUUAUAUCUGACAUGUUAAUAUAAUCUUCAGAUCUCAUUAGGAUGCCCAAGGCUACUUGUCAACUCCAGAUUCACUGAACUGUAGCUGUAUUCUAUUCCAGCUCUGACUGAAUGACCUUUCCAUGUAGGUCAAACCAAGUCACAGGAUGAAACUGUAAGAGAGGAAAAAAGGCCAAAAAGGAGACAACUUGAUGUGAUAGUUCCCUUUUUUAAAACCUUGUUUGACAAUCUUUUUGUUGGUUUUUAUUACUUAUUGGCCUAACAAGUUGACUGUAUGCUCUUACUGUUACAAUUUUUUAUAGAUUUCUGCCCAACUUGUUUCGAGGACACUUAGAACUUUACAAUUACCCUUUUAGUUAACCACUUCCCUUCCCUGUCUUUGAAAUCUGUUGUACAUUAAGGCUCAUUUGCAGUCAGACUAAUCGCUUGCUUGCAGCUCCCAACCACUGAAACCACUUUAUGAGUUAAAACAUAGCCUUAACGUUCCAUGUCAUAAGUGACAAGUCACACAGAUGAGAGUAGUAGUGCAGGAAUCUGAAUUAAAACACGCCUGGCCCUGUAAACGCACAACCCAGAUGAUCAUUUUAAUAUAAAAAAGUGUCUCUCAUUUGGACAAAAAUAGGAACAAUCCGGUCUUUACAUGAUUAAUAGUGCCAGUUUGGUGCCACUGAGGAAUAAGAGUAAGGAAUGAGGAGCUAUAUGAAGAGCGAGUUGACUAAAAGUAUUAGAGAUGAUGCAACAUGGUCUGCAUCAGUGCUGGGAAAAGCACAAGAACAUACCAGGAUAAAAUAAAAUAAAUCCCACUGAAGUAAGUGUACUUAAUCUGAUCUUAACAGCAGAGGAAUUACACCUUUAAUGAGUUGAUGUUGUACUUUAAGGCUAGCCUCAAGUUCUGUGACAUUGUUCCGUUCACUGUCGACUCCUCGUUGGGGUAGGGGGUGGGGAGUAAAUUCUUUUGUGUUGGAGUCAAACUAUUUUUUUAUAUACUGGUUAUAGAAAAAAAUCACAGAAAUACCCAUAUUAAUAUGACUAAUAGAAACUGACCUUACAUAAUAGUUUCUCUAGAAAGAAAAAGGCUUCUUAUGUUUAGUCAAGACUGAAGAUGAAUUCUAUUUUGUUACUGUAUUAUUCAUUAUGACACAUGUGACAACUUACCCAAACAAAAUUCAGCUUUUUUCAAUUUAAAAUGUUUUGCAAAGAUGUGGAAUAAUGUGUGUAUGUGCAUGUAGUUUUAGUUACUGCAGGGCUCAGUAGAAUUCCCCAACAACACACAGGCAGAAGGCAGUUCUUUGUUCCCAGUCUGAUAAUGUUCUCACUCCUGCAAUUUUACUUGUAAAUGAAAACAACUGAAAAAAUAUAUUUUGGGAAGAAAGAAAACAGAUGGCGUGGGGGCGGGGAUGGGGCAUAUAAUGGAUAAUAUAUGUGUGUUAGAAAAUGCAGAAAAUCAAGAAAAGACCAAAGAAAACAAACAGAGGCAAAUUUGGCCUCUUAAAGUCAUCUAGGCCAGCAGUUAGUAUUUACUGUACAUGAUGCGAUGGACUGGCCAUUUUAAAUUGAAGAGGAAAGUGUAAUUAACUGUUGGUCAAUGUAAAUAUAUUUAAAACGUAAUAGUCGUAAAGCAAAUGUGUCUUUGCUUUACUUUCCUGGUAUGGCUGAGGAAUGUUUGCGUCUACUCCCAGAGUGACUCACUGGCAUUAAAUAACACCUGAGUUACAGUAAGUCUGUCAGUAUUUGCCUGCUGAGACGCAGUGAACAGUUGUCAAAGACCAUGGCUAAUUUGUGUAUUGACAAUAGUCACUGCCUUUUAUAUGUUCACUGUGUAUCUGUUAUUAUAGCAGCUGUUUUGUUAUCCCUAAUUCCAUAAUUAUUCCCAAGGCAACCUCUACCUUUUAUUUAUGAGAAACCUUUUAAAGAUGCCAAAGAGGUUCAUCUUUCCGUGACAAACCACUUUGGCUAGUAAUUGCUGCAAAGGAAGUUUAUUACAGUGCGUGGUUGACGGCAUUUGAAAACAGCAAUAAUAAUUCUGAGUUGACUCUAAGUAUUGAACCAAAUAAAGCUGAAAAUGAGACAUAAUGGUUCCAGUUAUAUAAUAAGUAGAAUCAUAUAUCAAGCUAUCAACACUGAUCUCAGUUGAGAGGUUUUACAUUUGUGAGUGAUUGUUUUUGUGCGAAGGUUGGGGGUAGGGUGAAGUUAUAUUUGGUGGAAAGAAGUUCAAUAA